AUGGGACUCCCAUCUGUUCAACAAGCUAUCGUCGUCAUAGGACCGCGGGAAGCAAAGCUCGUCGGCGACCGACCAAUCCCGGCUCUCCGGGAACACCAUAUUCUCGUCAAAGUUGUAUGUGUUGCUUUAAAUCCUGCGGAUUGGAAACACAUCGACCUCCUCUCAGCCCCUGGAGCCAUACCCGGUUGCGACUAUUCCGGCAUCGUUGAAGAAGUCGGCAAAGACGUAACUCGAUUCACCAAGGGUGACCAUAUCUGCGGCGUUGUUCAUGGAGGAAAUGCCCUUCAGCUUGAAGACGGUGCCUUUGCCGAAUACAUCGUCGUGAAGGAGAACCUCCAGAUCCAUAUCCCCAAGAAUCUCAGCUUUCAGCAAGCGGCUACCAUCGGCGUGGGUAUCACUACCGUUGGUCUAUCGCUUUAUCAUAACUUGAAGUUGAAUCUUCCCACCGACACCAUUGCUGAUCCAGUCCCGAUUCUCAUUUAUGGCGGCUCUAGUGCCACUGGGUCAUUGGCGAUUCAAUUUGCUAAGCUUUCUGGAUAUCUCGUGAUGACUACCUGUUCACCACACAACUUUGAUUUUGUGAAAAGUCUUGGGGCAGAUAUGGUCUGUAAUUACAAAGAUCCUAGAGCUGCAGAGGAGAUUCGGAAAGUCACUGGUGAUAAGCUGAAGAUCGUACUUGAUACCAUCUCGCUCGAGUCAAGUGCGAAGUUUUGUGCAGAGGCGAUCUCAUCCGAGGGGGGUGUUUAUACUUCUCUUCUUCCGGUUACGGUACCUCGCAGUGAUGUUAAGCCUGAGUUAGUUCUAGCCUAUACUGCUUUUGGGGAGCCUUUUGUAUUUGGUCCGCAGUCAUAUGCUGCAUCUCCCGAGGAUGAAGCUUUCUCUGCGUGGUGGUGGCUUCUUGCUGAGAAGUUUCUGGUGGACGGUAAGAUCAAGGUACACCCCCUGUCAGUGCGUGAUGGUGGUUUAGAGAAUGUCUUGGAGGGGUUGGACCUUCUGAGGAAGGAUCAGGUGAGUGGCCAAAAGUUAGUUUACAAUGUUUCUGCCGCUUCCUGA